AUUGUUUGAUAGAUAGGACGGAAAAGACACUGCCUUAAAUGUGUUUAUUGGUGAUUGAGUGUUGAGUGAUAUAUCCAAUCUUCGCCUUUGGGAUACAGUUGAUAGAAAUGAAGUCCUUCUUGCAAGUGUUCACUUAUACGAUCAUCACCUUGACUGUAAUUAUAUGCCAAAAAGAUAGCGAUGAGGGAAGACCGUACGAGUUUGGAUUCACAAUAGAUGGGCAACAACACAGGCAUGAAAAAAAAGAUCAAAAUGGAAUAAUUCAAGGAGAAUUUGGUUUCAUCACAGCAGAUGGAAUCUAUCACGUCACAGUGUACGCUACUGAUGAAAAUGGGAAUUUCAAAAUUCUGAGUAUGAAGAAUAUUAGAAUCAGUGCUCCUCUAGAUGGAUCCCCUGCUACUGGUCCAAUUUCACCCGAAGCAGGAAAAUAUCUCAAGAAACAAAAUCGAAAUGAACAACCUGAAAAACCUCUUGCACCAGUUUCGCAGCAGUUUGAAAAACUGCCAUCAUCAGGGCCACAAUCCAACAACGUUAUCACCACACGCAAACCUAGAGUCACUUACGAUUUCACCACACAACCUACCAUCAAACCUGCCUGCGGAGGAUGUGGUUAUGUGACUACUACCGCUAAACCAGUUUCUAAACAACCUGACAUAAAUUACCCCUCUGUGAGCAAGUUUCCCCAAUUUGAAAAUAGAUUCCAAAGUUCCGUGUCAGAUCAAAAUCGACCACCUUCAGAUAUCAAGAUUUCAUCACAAAGUUUUCACGGCGACAACCCUACUCAUAACAAUUUUCAACAACUUCAGAAUCAACAAGGUGGUACAUCGGGUCUUCCUGUAGCAGGUUUUCAAGGUGGCACUGAUAUAUCACAGAAUUAUCAAUCUUCACAGCAAAAUUCAGAUACGCAGCAGCAGCAUCAAUUCGGUCAUCUAACAAGUGGAAAACCAGGACUUUCACUAACGAAUUUUCAACCAAAUCUUCAGGUCAAUCAGGCCCAUCAGCAGUACCAAGACUCUCAGCAAUACUCGCAAGACUCAGAAGGAUAU